CACCUCGGUUUCUGCGGACACCAUGGAUGUUUAAAAGGAAGGAGGGAGAAUAAGAGCACAACUUGAAUAAGAACCGGUUCCGUUCCAGUCUAGAGAUGAUGUUUUCGUCCGCAGGAAAGCGCUGCUUCACCAUAGAGUCUCUGGUGGCCAAAGAGAACCCCCUGACCGUGGAGGACCCCAUCCGUCCGACGGCGUUAAGUUACUCCAACCCGACGACGGAUGCCUUAAUGAACGGGUACCAGGGCCCCCCAGCACGGCCCCUGUACCAGAGCCCGGACCUGGUGUUCCCGGAGACGGUGAACCACCCCUCCCUCACCGUGGCCCCGCACCAGCUCGGGGGCUCCCACCUACAGCAUCCGCACUUCUUCGGGACACAGCACCGGGACCCGCUCAACUUUUACCCCUGGGUCUUACGGAACAGGUUUUUCGGGCACAGAUUUCAGGGGAAUGACGUGUCUCAGGACAGUCUGCUGCUCCACGGUCCGUUCGCGCGCAAACCCAAACGGAUCCGAACCGCCUUCUCCCCGUCCCAGCUGCUGCGUCUGGAACGGGCCUUCGAGAAGAACCACUAUGUGGUGGGAGCGGAGCGGAAACAGCUGGCGAACAGCCUGAGUCUGUCCGAAACACAGGUGAAGGUGUGGUUCCAGAACCGGCGGACUAAAUACAAGCGACAGAAGCUGGAGGAGGAAGGACCGGAGAGCCAGCAGAAGAAAAAGGGCAAUCACCACAUUAACAGAUGGAGGCUGGCUACCAAACAGACCAGCUCUGAGGACAUAGACGUCACCUCAGAGGACUGAAACUACAACCCACAAUGCACCUCUGACAAAGGACCAACUCUAUUUAUUAUGUAAUAUUAUUAAGUAUAAUUAGACACAUUAGAGGAAGACACAAGGACUAAAUAUGUGAUCGCCACUCAUCUCUUCAUGGAGGUGCUACAUUCAGUGACACUGGGAAAAAAAAAAAACGAUCUGUGAUAGGAUGAGGAGACAUCGUUCCCUCUAUCGCUUAAUUAUCUUUUGGUGUGCGACGACCGAAGAAAAGAAACAUCCUUCUCUCGUAGUGUUUUGUUUUGUUUUUUUUUUAGUCGUACACAGGCUGCGUCUAAAAUGUUGUUUUUGAGGCUUUUUUUGGUUUCAUUAAAUCUGUUUUUUUACCACCUGCUUAGGUCAUUAACACCUCAUGGCUCCAGUCCGCCAUCUGCGUGAGCCGUGUUAAUUCCAAUUCAACAACGACAACAACACUUUUAAUCCACCUAGAGAGCUGGAAACUGUCUUUACUGGCCAUAGAACAAAAAAAAAAAAAAAAAAAAGGAAAUGAAUGUCUCAGAUUGUUGUCGGCUGCAUUAGUUGAUUUUUUUUUCUUGAUGAAUGAAGAAAAGUGGCUCCUGGUUCUGGGACUUAUAAGAACCUGAAGAGACCACAACAUGAAACCAAGCUCACAUCUACUGCAUGUCAUGCCUCUUCUUCUUCUUCUGCCAUGAUGGACGACACCAGGCCUGAUCCUCCAUUUGUUUAACGUCCGCAGAUUUCA